CACCCCUGAGUGCAUCCAGCAAGUCAAAUCUCAGCAGGCCGAAGGGCGUGGAUGCGGUGAAUGCUCACUUGCUCCCACGCCCAGCAGCGCACGGCACUUCACUCAGCGAAAACAUAGCCCUUUCAGAGAAGCAAACGACUCGGUGCCAGCCAAUUCACCAAGUCGGCAUACUUAACUCACCCGUCUCCGUCGUGGUCGAGGUCUCCAUGCGAACGAUUCACUUCCCAGGCCCACGAGAAGCGCGGACAGCAACAUGGCCAACUUGCCUUCCUCACACCUUGUAGUCUUUACUACGCCACUGCCGCUCCGGUGUCUGCAAGCCGACUCGCGGGACUGCCCCAUCUGCCACGAGGCGUACGGAGACUAUCGGCCCGGGAUGUUGGAUCUAGGCGAAGCCCAAGCGGAGUGGGCAGUCCGCGUAGACCUUACAGCGGAACCCGACCGCAGCCGGCGGUGCUGCGGACACAUUUUCGGUCGACGGUGUUUGGAGAAGCAUCUCAGAAGACCGGAGCCGUGGCACAACAAGUGCCCCAUUUGCCGUCUGACAUGGUUCCCAUCCGACAACUUGAGCAACCACCGCGCGGCUACUCCAGCUUCUGCAAGGCCGCCAACUACAGCUGUUGCGUCCACGAGAGUCUCGGCGCGGCGAAUACUGGAAAGCCGGCAUAGACGCCAAGGGAACGGACGACGAUCCAGCUCUCGUGGGCCCUCAACGCGUCCUCAGCGACCAAGCAGUUUCAUUCAGCAACUGCUGGAGCAUUUCGAGGUCAGAGACGGAAGCGAUGAGGUCAAGGCUUCGGCGGAUGAGGUUGAGCAAAGACUGCGCGGGCUGUACGGGUCCAUAGAGGAACCGAACGACGCGGGAAGUUGAGGUUCCAGUCUGCUGGAUAUUUGAUCGUGGGGAAUACUGUUAGAUGUACGUGUUGGCGGCAGAAGAGAAACACAUUGGCUGUCCGUGUCCAUGAUGCAGCUACAAUAUUCGAAGAAUAUACAAAUACUUCAAAUCCAGGCUUAUAUAUGUAGACCCAAAAGCAUCGCACGCACGCUCUGAAAUGCUAGCGUACACUAAAUCCACCGUGAGCCAUACAGCACCUCCCUAAUCCUCCUCAACGCCUCCUCCACCCUCUCCACCUCCGCUCUAACCUCCACAUCGGCCGCAUCAAUUCGCG